AUGUCAACUGGAAUAAUAGAGUCAUGGGCCGAUGCAGGAGAUGAAUUUUCCGCACCACCCGAUAUCAUAAAUAACUCCGAUGGCACCAAGACGGUAAUCACAUUCAGAACCAAUCAAGAUGGCAAAAAAGUCAAAGUAACUCAACGUAUCAAGGAAGUUGUCGUACAAGAGAAAGUCCACCCUUUGAUUGCCAAACGUAAAAACUGGCGUAAGUUUGGUAAAGAAAAGAAUAAACCACCAGGACCAGAUACAAGUACUACACAAUUAGGAGAAAAAGUUGAAUUGAAAUUGGGCUUAUCAUGGAAACAAGCAGAAAAGAAGGAAGAAGAAGACAAACAACAAGAAAGAGCACAAGCUGUCUCUAUACAGAGUAUUAAAUGUAGGGUAUGUGGUGGUGAUCAUUAUACUUCUAAAUGUCCAUUCAAGGAUACCUUGGGUGCUGCCGCUGGAAUCACUCCAUCUGGAACCACACCAGAGCCAGGCCAAGAAGGUACAGACGCAGGCAUAGGUGGAGAUGGUUCGGGUGCUGGUGCUGGUACUCCAGGUGGAGGCAGAUAUGUUCCAAGACACUUGAGAGCAGAUGCAAAUGGAAACUUGCCAUCUAGAGAAGCAAGAGAUGAUUCAACCACAUUGAAGGUGUCGCAAUUGAACAGUUUUGUUGACGAAGAUAUGUUGAGGAAUGAAUUGUUUGCUAGGUUUGGACCAUUGGAAAGAGUUGUUAUUGUUAGAAAUAGGGAAACCGGUGAAAGUAGAGGAUUUGCUUAUGUUAGUUUUGCUACUGAAGAAAUUGCUCAAAAAGCGUUGGACUUGUUGGAUGGUAAAGGUUACCAUUCAUUGAUUUUGCGUUUGGAGUGGUCAAAGAAGAAGAAGCCAACUUGA